UCUGUAGUAUUCUGAUGACCCCCUUCAUUGGCAGUCAGUUUUCUUCUCCCGCUUUAUACUCUAUUAGCGACGGCCGACCUCCUUUCCUGUCCCCCUAAAAAGCAAGGGAUUCUCCCAAAAUCCCCUGAACACCCCCCCUCCCUCCCGGCCCGGGCGAGGAAUAAUGAGUGGUUCUUUGGGUGAGAGCUUGGGUUGAAUCGUGUUUCUGUUUCAAGAUUCCAAUUUUAAAAGUUUCUUUGAACAUAUAUACUCUCGUUUUUGUCAGUCCGGCAUAAUUCUCAUCGGCUAGCGAACAUACGAGAAAAACUCUUGAUGAGUUUUGAAGAGAUCCAUGUCCAAGAUUACUAAAUUAUCCCACAAAAAAUAUACAAACAAGUGAAUUUUUUAAUCAAAUCCUCGCGAAAAAUUAUCAUUUAAUAAAUGUAUGCGUUUAUCAUUUAUUACCUUCCUUUUAUUUGUCAGUUAUUCAUUUUCGUUUAUUUCUCCGUGAUACUUGAUCCGUGAUCCCAAAUUCUUGAACACCUGGAUCCUGAUUUUCCAUAAAAAAUACAAAAUGGCGACUCCCGCUGGGAUAACCUGCCCAUUUCAGUUUCUCGUCUUUAAAGCAGAUACUGUAAUUAUUGCUGAUGACUAUCGAAGUUAUAUGAUGAUACACAGUGGGAAAGAGCGAACGAAACCUUUUUAGAACUUUUUGUGCUUUAUUUCCGCCAUUUACAUCAGUUAGCCUCACUGGUGCCCCUUCAGUGAUCAUCCAUGACUGAUCGAUCGAUUUAAUAAUAAGUUGCUAUUAGCAACGUUCCCCUUUUUAUACACAUGAAAAGAUAAUUGAGGCACAGUCGUUCCCUCAUGCUACACUAAGCAAGCGACGACAAUAGCCACUUGUUUCUUACAGCCAACGAUGGGAUGUGGAACAUCAAAAUCGGUCCAAACAGCCGUCGAGACCACAAAUCACAGUCAAAAUGCGAACGAAAACUUUGACUCGAAACCAAAUGUACCCGACGAUAAAGCUCCCAAAACAAGCCUAAUUGAGAGAGGUGAAAAUCAAUUUUCCCUUGGCGACCGAGUGCAUGUUUCUGGAUACACGGGUGCUGUCAGGUUUAUUGGUUAUUUACGCGACCCAAGCGGCGGCGAAUGGAUAGGAAUUGAGUUAGACCAUCCACAUUCACAGGGGAACGAUGGAUUCUUCGAUGGAGUUCAUUAUUUCAAUUGUGAGCCGAGGCAUGGCAUGUUCGCUCGACCGUCAGUGGUGUUUCAACACAAGAAUGCUGAAAGUAUUACUGCAGAAACGAAUACUUCUUUAGAAAUGAUCACUUUUAUUCAAACUAACAUUCGACGGUUUCUUGCAAAAUUUCGACUGGCAAAAUUUCAACAGCGCACGGGAAUCGAAAAGCAGAUCGAUGCACAUGUUUUAGCGACACCAGAUGAACAAACGGAAAGCUUUGAAAAAAUGAGCACCUACCUGACCAGUCCCUGGGAAGGAGACAGGAACAAAGCCUACGCGAUUUUCCGCUGGGUGAGUUUCAAUGUCGCGUAUGAUGUGGAUGGCUUCUUUGGAAGGACCGAGAAAAAGAGUUGCGAUGCCGCUAGCGUUCUACGCCAUAAAACAUCAGUGUGCGCUGGUUAUGCGAAUCUUUUCGAAGCACUUGGUAAAGCCGCCGGUCUACAGGUACAUAUCAUCACGGGUUACGCCAAGGGUUACGGCUUCGAGCCCGGCCAGCAGAUUAAAGAAACAAAUCAUGCGUGGAAUGGAGUUCAAGUCAACGGUGAGUGGUUCAUUUCUGAGCCUACAUGGGGCGCUGGUUACCUGGGAGCUGAUUUGAUGUUCCACCGCAGCCCAGACGUGUCAAUGUUCCUGAUGGACCCCGAAUAUGCUAUAUGUAGUCAUUACCCAUCCGACCAACAAUGGCAGCUCCUUGAUGUACCCAUCAGCAAGGAAGAAUUUGAGAAGCUGGUUGUGCCUUCUGGAAGAAUUCACCAGAUGGGAUUGGAAAUUCUCAGUCACAAGGAAAGCAUGUACAGUAUUGACGAUACAGAUCACAUCGAAAUGAUGUUCUACUCUCCAUCGCUGAAGAUGCUGCGAGGUGAUCUGAAGAACAUCUCAGGGAAAGAAUACGAAGGAAGAAGAUGGACACAGAUUCUACCUUGUGGAGUGAACCAAGUCAAGCUUAAAGCACAGUUCCCCGCUCCUGGAAAGUACAAGUUGAAUUUGUACAUCAGAGACGAGGUGUCCAAUACAAAGUGGCAUGGUGGAAUAGAAUACAACAUCCACGCUAAGAAAGGAGUUGAGAAAAAUCGAGGGGGAUUCCCGCAAUUGGGAAGUGAGUUUUAUGAAGCAGGAUUCAACCUCGAUCAUCCACUCGAGAACAUUGUAUCCGACGACGGAAAGGCUUACAUCUCAUUACAGAACUACAACAUUCAAAUUUCUUGCAUCUUUGGACAGCUUGACCUUGUAGGAGAGGGGAAACGACUCAAAAAAGACUUCGGUGAAUUUUCAUUUUGCCACUCAGAGAAGACAGUGAGUGGUUUCCGAGUCUUGGUGCAUUGCCCACUUCCGGGCGAGUACACCUUGAAAGUGUUUGCCAAGUAUUUUGGUGAGGGAAAGCCAGAUACUUUCGUGUGUACCUAUUACAUAAAUGCACUCGCUGGUGUAAAACCUGUGCCAGGCUUUCCCCGAAUGUCGGACAGCUUUGUAUUGUGGGGCCUGGAGCUCAAGGAGCCCAAGCAGAAUAUUUAUACCCCGGAUGGACGAGCUUGUGUUAAGCUGAAGACACUGGAUGACGUAUCAGUUCGUGGGUAUUUGAUGAAAGACAAACAGCAUCUUGACAACAAUUUGUGCUUCAGUAACACAGCGGAGGGUGUUGGCACAAUUCUUGUUCAUUCUCCUGAAGCCGGCAUUUUUCAGCUGAACGUAUUUGGCAAAAAACCUGAGAGCAAAGACAAUGAAUAUUUAGCAACAUUCAUGAUCAAGUCUGAUCAAGCCCCUAGCUCAAACCCAGGCUUCCCCUACGUGAAGGCCGAGUUUAAGGAGUGGGGACUGGAACUAGUGGAUCAGUUGGAGAACAUUGUUUCACGUGACAGUCAUGUGAAAGUCACAUUUUCUAAUCCUCACGAUAUUUCCAUUACGUCGUGGCUGUUUGACGCAAAUGAUAAGCAGAUUGGCAACUCGUGUCCAGUGGAAACAGCUGACAACAUGACUGUCAUGACAUGUGAGCUGCCAAAAGCUGGAAUGUUUAAAUUGAAUGUUUUUGGGACAAAUCCAUUGAUUGACAGCACAAAACGAGUGUUUCUUUGUACAUACAAAUUGUUACACACGAAAUGAUGUAAUUUCAAGAACGACAGACGACAUAAGUACAUAAGGUUUUCGUAAGCCUUAUAUCUGAUUGAUAUAUUGCUUAAAACUGGAAUUUACUCGCUGUAUCUAUAGGAAAGUCCCUCUGCAGUUGUUAACCUAACACUUUUGUCAGAAUGGUUAAAUUUUUCGUUCAAUACGCAAUAGGCUCUUCGAUGUUUGGACAGCCUGUAGGAAUCGACAUCUUUGCUUGGGAAGGGGAGACGGUUUCUUUUACUUUUGUAUGUACAAAACGUAUGAUAUUUAGUUCUUAUUAACCGGGUGGGAG